UCAUACCCUCACACAUUCUCAUCCAGCAUCACAUACGGCAAAAUAUCUUGGCCAUGGCAUCCCCCCACAAUUCCUUUCGUCCCAUGUAUCUUUGAUUGACAUCGGACUUUUAUUACAACCUUGAACAUUGAUCACCACUUGUCUUGCUUCAUCUGAUCAUUCCCACACUUCAGUCCUCAAUAUAUGAGAUGAAUUGAUGACAAUGUUGGUUUUGACGCUGUGUGAUCAAGAAGAGCAUUGGAGAUAUCUAUAGAGAAUGUAAAGUCACUUGAUAUUCUCUAUAGAUAUAGCUUCUCGGUCAAAAGAUCUGUAUUUGAUGGAGUCCAUCUUCUGCUCCGCAUCUUCUCAUCUUCUCACCUCCUCUUACUCUUCAAACGAACAUGGAUACUCAAUCAUAUAGAAAGUUUUAUAGAUUUGAUAGCCUCAUUUCUCUCUUCAUGCAGCAUCGAUCUUUCCGCUUCAAGGUCGUCCCUUCAAUUGUCGCCAACCUGAAGGGUUCAUGGUGAUUGCGGAGAAGGCAUGAAGUGUUGUUAUGUGAUUUGCAGCAACAACACAACAUACUACCAGAGUACACAUGAUUAUCCCCAUCCAUAGCAUCGAUGAUCUUAAGACUUCACCUCCGUCGAGGGGAGUCUCCAGCAGAAACGUUGGAAUAUAGUGAAGAAGAUGUCUUCCUAUCUCCAUCUUCUCCAGUGACAAUAGAUUGAUGAAUCUCGACAACACUCAUACACUUCCAUCUUCCAAAUUUCAAUAUGUUGACAGCAUUCCUUUUUUUUUAAGCAUCAUGAUAGCCAACCAUCUCAUUUGAUCUCACUUCUUUUCCUCAGUCUCUAUUCGAGUCGAGAUUACAUUCGACCUGUGGGCUAUGAUUGAAGCUCGAGACGCUCAAUGUUAUGAUUCCACCCUUCUUAUCAUAUGGUCUUCAUAUAAAGAUGCCCAUAUACGAUUCGAUCCAAAACUUCAGAACUUGAUAUUACCUCACUGUUGGGUAAUGUUGCUAUGGCAUUUUUCAAUACAUUCUUACCAUUAUUUGACUCCAUCUCCCUCUUCCUCUUCAUCUCCUUCUCCAUCUGAAUUCUCUAGUCAGAAUUCCUAUCAUGUUUCAUUUCCCUAUAGGCUGUUAUCUUUUCUCCAAUACAUCCAUAUCUACCAUUUCAUCCCAACCUCUUGACUCAGCUUGUAUAUUCCUCCACCACUAAAAGUCCAAGCGUCAUUUGCGCUUAAGCUAAAUCUUGAUUACGGCGAACGGAAGAACCCCGAUAUGACGCAUUACUGAUUAUUACUAAGUUUCAUUCGUCCCAGUUAUUUCAUAAGACCCAAUCCGGUUUCUACUCUUCAUUUGUUCCACUCAUUUCUCAGUCAUUUCUCAGUCAUCUUUUCCCCAAUUUCCAUUCAAAUUCAUUUGAUUUAAAUCCUGAUAUAAUGAAUAAUAUAUCAUUUCAACCUUAUCGUCUCCCCAACAGCCAUAUCAGUAUUAAAGUUCUUGCAGAAGGGGCUGCAAAUGUUAUAUAUCAAAUCACGGUUGAUCAAGGAUCACAAGACAUUGCCGAAGUGAACAAGGGUCAUCAAGAAUUAGAAUAUCUCUCUGGAAAAUUAUUACGUCUUCGAAAAGAUGUUCCCACUACAGCCCCAACUUCAGAUUCACAUCAGCAAUGGCUCGGAUACAUCUUACCCCUAUUCAAACCAGAACAAUUGGUUACUCAAGAAUUGAUCUACAUUGGUCAUCUCAAUGUGAUUCCUGGAUUGAAUACCGAUCUCAGACGAUUUGAUAAUCCUGGUGGUACAUCUACCUCGAAUCAUCUUGCCCCACCACCAAAAGGGAAGUUUUAUCGUUCAAGAGCACAAAGUGGUACUUUCUUAGCGAAAGACGACUAUGGCCUUUUGGUGACGGAUAUGACACCUAGGAAAUCGUUGCAGGAAACCGUCGUCGAAUUCAAACCAAAAUGGCUCUCUCCAUCUCAUGAAAUGCCACCUCAAGCCAUGCGUUGUCGUACGUGUGCACUUCACGCACGUCGGAUCGCUUUUGGAGAAGAAAGAAAGAAUACUGAUCUCCAAUCAUAUCUUUGUCCUCUCAAACUUACCGAUGAUCACCCUACGUUAAAGUUCGCAAAUUAUGAGGCAUCGGCUUCCCACAUUUUACACAAAACUCGUGAAUCGCCUGCUGUUCAAUCACUUGCAAAAUGGAUCCACGAAAAUCCUUUACUAAAACGACUUCGCGAUCUCCAAACAGAGUAUGAUCGUAAAGGAUCCUUGAAGUCGGAAAAGGCAUCUCAUGAACUUUGCGUGGCGAUGACUCUGAGAGAUUGUUCGUUAUACAUUCGUAUGGAUAAGAAUUUACAGGUUAUAGAAGCUCGUUUAGGAGACCUUGACUAUAAAUCAGCUAGUAAAUAUUCUUCGUGGAGAAAGAAAGAACAGGAAUUAGUUAGUGAGGGGUGGUAUUGUGGUGAAGAAAAGAAGGAAUUGAAACAACCGGUUGACGAGUGUCUGUUGUCGAGGAAGAUUUGAGUUGUAUGGAAUUACUUCUGGUGGUGUCGGGUCUAGAGACCGUCUCUCGUAGGGAGUUCUAAUGGGUUGGAAUUCCAUAUUGAUAGAGUCGGUUCGAAUAUUGCGGCUGCGGUCUGAAAAUCGAGAGCUCUCAAUAUCCGAAGACAACUAAAGAUUUGAGGUGUGAUCAAUCGCUUCGAUCAAUUAAAUCUUCUGGUCAUAUUCGGCAGGCGAUAGAUAUGAUCGUUAGACUGCAGUCGUAGCAUCGGACACCCUAAAAGAUCGAAGUUCGUGCGAUUGGGGAUAAUGUUUAAUGGAGUUUGAUAUAGAUGGCUGGGAUCAUGGGCUAGAUAAUAUUAAUGACAAAAAAUCAUC